CCCCUCAGUCUUUGCUCCGACCUGCUCGCGACGCGACCUCUGCGCAGCCGCCUCCGACCAGCCGAUCGCGCGACCACCUCCGGAGGUGGCAGUCGGGCCGAAAGGGCCAAAGUGCUAAACCGUGAGACGAGGAAAUUUCAUUCACUUGAUUCAGGACCACCGAGAGCUGCGACGGAGAUUUCAACGCGUGGGCGACCUUUGAAGGAUAAACUUUUUAUAUAAACACGCUCACACCCAACAGCUGCGGUGAAAUGACCAGCAGCAACAGCGAGUAGAUCAAAGCAGGCAAUCAGAGGUGACCCCGACACCUGCGGCGCGGCCUUGAGAGAUGCUGCAGAACAGGUACAAGACGAUGAACGGCGGCGGCGGGGUUUCGGUUUCGGCCACCCCCGACAGCCUCCGGCGGACGCCGGAGCCGCUGGAGGCGGCGCCGCCGCCGCGACGCAGCGUCAGCGUCAACCACCUGGCGCGCCAGUUGCAGAACCACACGCGCGUCAGUCCGCAAGUGAUGGUGACGCCGAGCAAGCAGUUCAACCACAACAACAACCGGCCCUUCUCGUACCUGAGUCCGCAGGUCACCGAGCACCUGGUCAACGCGUCCGACGAGGACGAGGGUCUCGAGAUCGACGCCGCCUACAAGCCGAGACAGGUGUCCUUCAGCAACAAGUACAGACAAGUGUUAUUCAACGAAGACGACUAUCCGAAAACCCGCUACGAGAACGACCUGCCGAUUCGCAACAGCUACGAGGACGAAUUUCCAAAGAAACGCUACGACGACGAUUAUCCAAAGAAAAAACUCGACGAAGAUCUGACGCCGAAAAAACGCUACGAAGAAGAUUUGACGCCGAAGAAACGCUACGACGACGACCCGCCGCGCAAAAAGUACGAAUUCGGCCAAAGGGUUAAUUUGUCGUCGCACCAGCGCUACGCGUCCGACCACAACAGCCGCGACGUGGUUGACUCGGGAAUAGAAAAUGACCACCCCAAGCACCGCACCCGGACUUCCGAGCGGUCGGAACGAACGUCGUCGAGGGUGUCGGAGAGGACGCCGUCCAGGGUGAGCACGUUGAGGCGCGAAACGGGUAGGGAAAGUCCGGCCAUGCCGUCGGCCCGACUGGUGCAACAGGCGUCCAAGAGCAGCAGUCCGAGACGGCGAUCGCUCAGCAUUCUGGACGAGGACACGCAAGUCAAUGAUCAGGAUAAUAACAGAACAAAAACUUUAGAAAAGGACAAGAAGAAGCGAAAACUAAGGCUGAAGAACUUUUUCAUCCGCGACAAGAACAAAAAUAACGAGGAGCCCAAGGAAGUCAAAAGCUCCACUCUGAAGCGGCCCGUGAUCCGUACCAAAUCCGCCCACGACCCCUCGGACACUGACCAGGCGUCGUGUGACGAGCUGAAGCCGUUGCCCCAGCAGUCGCGGUCAUCGGGCCAGCGGCGGCCAGUGAAGCGGAGCAGCAGCAUGCACACCACCCACGCGCCGCCCCCGGCGCCCUCGUCGCGGCGCUCGGCCUCCAGGAGCGGAUCGUCCGUGCUGGACGCGCCCAAACUGAGCUGGUUCAAGACGGUGGACCGCUUCACCUUCCGCACCAAGAAGCCGCAGCCAGCCCCGCAGCAGCAACACCAGUCCUCCUCCUCCAGCAGCAACGGCAAGGUCGACAACCUGCACCACCACGAGGCGCCACCCCGGCGCUUCCGCCGCCCCUUCGACGACACGGACCCCGAGUCGGCGCCCGAACCGGCCACCCUGGAGCGGCGCCACUUCAAGCCGCGCCACCAGAAGCCCUCGUCAGGCUCGAGCAGCGGCGGCCCGAGCGGCGCCCGUCGGGGCGUCCAGCAGCGCCAGAACCGACUGGCCAACAGUUCCGAGGAGAGCGAGAACGACCCCAAGCCCAUGUACUUACACAACGCGGCCGUCGGCGACAUCCCGGGCCGCUUCGGCCCCAGGCGCACCGUCAGCAGGGAGGAGUUGGCCGCCCACAAGCCCACUAAGCACCUCAGCCGCUCCUUCUCCGUGCUGGCGCCAUGGAGACCUAGCAGGUAUCAGGGUAACCCUGAAAUCUACUAUCAAAACGAGGGCUCUGAAAGGUACCACACAAAGCCCCCCAGAGGCCCCAGCAACAGGAUGACCGCCUCCAUCGAAUCGCUCGGUGGCAGCGGAAGCAGUUUGGAGAGGGGUCGAACCCCAAAAUACAAGUCUAGGACGAACGUAAACGGGCUCUAGGUUAAAAACGGCGCUAUCAUAUUUUAUAUAGAGUAAAUAUUCCGUGCAAAUCUUAUUGAUCUGCGGAGCAGAUCAUCAAGAAUUUCCCCGAUAUUUUAACUGGUGCAAACAUAAACAAACAAAGAGUUUUAAAAAUUAACAUGAAAUGAAAAAAUUAAGAGGAGUCAAUCAACUUAAUAAUUUUUAACAGAAAAUAAUGAAUUGCCAUAUAUAUUGAAUUUAAAUAGUGAUGAAAAGUCACGGGGUUGUGACAAAACGUUCUAUAACAGUUAGUGAUAUCUGAAUCGUGAUUUUGGAUUGAGAUGUUUUCAACAAAUGAGAAAAAUUUAGCAAUCCCAAAGCAAUUAAUAGCAAAAUACAUAGUUAAUAUUCCAUCUCCUAUUGUGAGAGAAGGACUUAUUCAGCGUAUAUAUUAUUUCUUUUUAUAUGUUUAAGUAUAUUUUACUCCUAGUUUGUCUUUCUCUCUAUUCAAUUGACUUUUAACAGGUGCGAACAAUAACAUUAAACAUUCAACUAGUCUCUCAAAAGCACAUUUAAAGGAGAGUGACACGGAAGAGGCGCCUCCUCCGCAUAUUCGCAUCAAGUGUUUAUUCAGAGAUGAACUCACUCACUUUUUCAAGAGGCGGCCCUCUUUCUUGCGCCAUUGUUUCACGGUCACGCGUCUGACCGCUCAAGUCUGUGCUAAUUUGGAGGAAAUUGUUGCAACAUCGGACAGGUUCUUAGUAACGUUAAAUAUAAAUAUGCAAAUCAAGACUCAAUAUUUAAAUUGCUGGCAUAUACUAAAACGACUACUUUUCCUAAAUUAGGCAGGAUAAAAAGAACUUUUUCGAACUAACGUAAACCUUUAUAAUAAUCAUGCAAUUUUAUUAUUAGUACAUCUGCAAACCUGCCAUAUUCAUGUUGUACAAUUGCGUUAAAAAUAAAUUGAAUGCAAUAAAAAUUG